GCGCGGCGCGGGGCGGUGCUGCAGCCGGCGGCGGCGGCGGGGGCUGCGGCGGAGGCGGCGGCGGGGGCUGCGGCGGAGGCGGCGGCGGCGGCGGCGGCGGCGGGACCCCCCGCGGGCCGGGAGGAUGCGCUGACCUUGCGGCUGGCUGCCGGGCGCCCCGCCGCCCCGCCAUGGGCACGGUUCCGUCAGCGCUGAAGCACUGCCUCAGCUACCAGCACCUCCUCGAGGAGCAGCUGUGGAUCGGCGAGCCGGCGGCGGCUCUGCACCCCGGGCAGGAAUCUAAAACAUCUGGACUGCCUGAGUAUGUGAAGAUAGUAGAAGUUGGGCCAAGGGAUGGCUUACAAAAUGAAGAGGUCAUAGUCCCAACUGAUAUCAAAAUUGAGUUAAUCAACCGGCUUUCCAAAACAGGCCUGCCUGCAAUAGAAGUGACCAGUUUUGUUUCAUCCAAAUGGGUGCCUCAGAUGGCAGAUCACAAAGAAGUAAUGAGAGGCAUUGAGCGGCAUCCUGGAGUCCAAUAUCCUGUUCUCACACCUAAUCUUCAAGGUUUUAAUUCUGCUAUUGCAGCAGGGGCUACAGAAGUCUCAGUAUUUGGUGCAGCAUCUGACUCUUUUAGCAGAGUGAAUAUUAAUUGUUCAAUUGAAAAAAGCAUAGACAAAUUUGAAGAAGUUGCUAAAGCAGCAAGAAAUAUGAAUAUUCCAGUGCGUGGGUAUGUGUCAUGUGCACUGGGAUGCCCAUAUGAAGGAAACAUUACACCAGCUAAAGUGGCAGAAGUGUCUAAACGGCUUUACAAUCUGGGCUGUUAUGAAGUAUCUCUGGGAGACACAAUUGGUGUGGGAACUCCUGGAAGUAUGAAAAGGAUGUUGGAAGCUGUUAUGAAAGAAAUUCCUCUGAAUGCUCUUGCUGUUCACUGUCAUGACACGUAUGGCCAGGCGUUAGCCAAUAUCCUCACAGCCAUACAGAUGGGAGUUGCUGUUGUGGAUUCAUCUGUUGCAGGAUUGGGUGGUUGUCCCUAUGCAAGAGGUGCUACUGGAAAUGUGGCCACAGAGGAUGUGAUAUACAUGCUUAAUGGUUUGGGGAUCAGUACAGGAGUAAAUCUUUACACAGUGAUGGAAGCUGGAAAUUUCAUCUGUACAGCUUUGAACAAGAAAACAAACUCAAAGGUUGCACAAGCUUCCUUCAAUAUUAGAACUGUCAAUUAAAUGAAAUAUUUUUGCAAAUUAAUUUAAUUUGUCAUAUACCUUGACCAAGGACAUUUAUAUCAAGAAAACAAAUUCAAGAAAACCAUUUCAGCAGAGAACCAAAAUAGAAGCCAGAUGUAACAACUUCUUAUGGGCAGGGUUGCUGUACUCUAGUGGUUUGUCAAGCCUUGUCUGAUUUGCAAGUAAGAAAUAAAUGACUGCACUGCAGAAGCAUAUGCUUGGUACUUCUACAGAUGAGAAAAUGUAUACACACCAGGACAGUUUACCAUGUAUUUAAAUUAAAUGUAAGUUCUUUUUAGAAAAAGUGGUUAGAAGCAGAGAAUACAUAGUUAAUUUUUAUCAAGAAGACUUUAGAACAGUACAAAUAUUUGCAGUAGUUUAUGAGAUCCCACAUUGUGUGUGGCCUUUCUAUUAUGUUUUAUUUAUCUGGACAUAUACUUUUCAUUUGUCAAGUCAGUUGUGUUAUGAACAUAGAGCCAAAUCUGAAUUCACCAUAAGAAAUUUUUAGCAAUAACACUUUUAUAUUUUUAUUUUGUUUAUCAUCUGUUAAAUAUAUGGAUGACUUUAUCUUGUUCCAGGACUUUGUGGUGAAUGGCAGCCUGCCAGAUCCUCCAAAUCUAAUGUAAAUUUCCUUAUUUGUUACAUAUGUUAAAUUUGUUGUAGUUGCCUUUUUCAUCAACUGUGUUAAAACCUAAUUAUAUGAAGCAACUAAAAAAUGGCAAGGUUUUCAGCCAUCAUUCAGCAUAGUAGUAGCAUAGAAUGGGCUAGAUUUUUGUCCAAAAUCUUAUCAAACAUUUUGACUUUUCAUUUUAUAAUCUAUGAAAUGACAUUCUCGCUUAUCAUAAAUUGUGAAUUUUUGAGGAUGAUAAUACUCUACUGGACUAGCUUACACAGAGAGAACCACCUACAAUUUUUCUCUGUGGUUUUGUGGUAGAGAUACUGUACUUUUAAAUGUCUUAGUUCAGCUGGAUGGUAGUGAACUGCAUUGUCAUUUGUAGAUCAAUAAUAGACAAAUUCAAAGAAGAGUCUUAUCGUCUCUAUAAACUAUUCAAAUGCUCCAUGAAAAUACUUUCAUUUUUCAGCCUGAAACAUGAGCGCUGUUAUUGUUUGUGCAGUAUCCUUCAGUAAUUCUCUGUGUACUUAACCUUAAUCUGUAGUUCUUCUGAAAAUAAUCUGUUAACAUAGGAGUCCAAAACCCUGGACUAUGAGCUUUUUCCAUAUUCUCCAUUUUCCUCUGAAAUAGGAAAGGUUGAUAAAGGUAAGGUGAAAGAAAGUGAAAGAUAACAUGUAAAGAAGGAAAAGGCUGAAUCAUAGUUGUCUGGAACUCAGCUCUGCCAAGUUACAGCUGAGUCUUAGCUUGCCUUUGAAAUUCCCAAGUGAACCUUUCCUGAGAUCUUUUAGCCAGUAUUGUAGUUUAGAAUUGGCACAGCUUAGGAAAGUCAAACUUGGCGUGCCAGAUAACUUAAAGCUAGAAAUUUAAUACAUUGCCUGUUUAUGCUGUGAUGAUAGUGAAAACCAGUAUAAACUACAUUGUUUCACUCUUCUCAGGGUAAGAGUUAAAGAAUAAGCAAAGAAAUCCUGCUUAGGUGAGGCAGGAAAUACCUUGUCUAUCAAUCCAAAAUGCUAAAUUGCAUCCCUUCUUGUGGCUUCUAGUAAGAAGACUUACAAGGUCUCUUAAAGACAUGGAGACCCUGUUUUGCUUGACCUUCUCUGGAUGCUUAGCUGGAUCUCCACAAAAAAUGCUCUACCCUCAUUUUCCCAAGAUAUAACUGGGCUUUGUGAUUUAGCAGUCACUAUGGCCCUUAUAUCAAAUGUGAAGUUUAAUGUAACUGGGCCUUGAACCAUCUAUAGGUUUGAAAAUUCUGUAAUGGAUUAAAUUUGAAAAAGUGAGGAACCCACAGCAGUGCUUAGGCUGUACCUAGUCCAGUAGUUAGUAGCUAAGCCUAACUGAGAUGCCAGAAUUGACAUCUAAAGACACUCUAAUUCAGAUGCCAUUUUCCCCUGAAGGUGCCUAACCACACUAUAACACUCCUGUUUAUAAUACAAUUUCCUCUUCAAUUUGCUUCUGUGCAUGCAAAAAUUAGUUCAUACUGAGCUGAAGUAUCCAUUGCACAGGUAAGGCCUAAGGAGUGUUCUUCCAUCCAGGGCCUUGUGAGCAUGUUUAACCCCCAUGAGCAGGAUUGAGCUUCUCAAACAAUGUAAGUUUUUCUUAGAAAAAAGUAGUUGUGGUGCAACCCACCUUGUAAAUAUUAGCCUGACUGUUAGACUAAACAAUUGAAGAUAUGAGAUCAGCUUGCUACUCAGCCUGAAGGGGUUUAAACAGACAUUUUUUGGUAUCAUAAUUAAUGGAUCUAACCACGAAGUUAAAAAAAAUACACUUUCUAGUAAAUCUGGAUGAAGUUGUGCCACUGUGUAGGACAGAAUUAAAAAUUCCUGAGACCAGAGAGAUCACGAGAAAAAGCAUCUUUGUAAGAAAUAAGGGUUUUGUCCUGGAAGAUGGGGGUGAACUGAAUUGAUUUUGUCCACUCUUUUUCAGUAAGUAUUCUAACUGCAACAUUUUCAAUAAACAUGAAUGUUGCACUACCACCCAACUUUUGCUUUGUAAUGAGAGAAUUAACUCUGCUCAGUUCUUUGAGAGAGGAGUUCUUGAUAUCUGUAUCCUAAUCUACCAUGAAGGAUUCCUGACUUUGGCUCUAGGGGACCCUUAAGCUCUGGAGAAGUUUUCAGAUGCAUCUCUGUGAAUGCUGUGUGAUAGGCUUCUCAGUGUCUGGGCUGUCCAGUUUACUGUUCUAAGGGUCUUGCCUCUCCAUAUGUUCUGAAACUGGAUGCCUACUUCAUCAUAGAGAUGAACAACUUAAAAUGCCUCAGUUCUUUAUUGAGUCUAUUCUAGAAACUACUUGGGAGACUUAGGUUAAAGUCUGUUAUUCUGUAAUGAUGUGAGCAGUGGAAAAGAUGAGCAGUCACAUCUGGAUCCUGUACUUUAUGCUCACAUUCAGCUUCAACCACAUAGUGAGUUACAGUAAUCCAGGGUGGAGGUCACAGAUCGUUUGUCAGGAUCAUUAUAAAGGAGGAAAAACCAUAGAGCCAGAUUCAAAAAAACAUUUAUGUGCCAAAAGUGCCACCUGGGAUGAAUUUAGGUCUGCAGGUCCAGGUGAGCAAUCUCCACAAAAUCCUUCUUUACUUGUAAUGUGGAUAAGAAUCGUUAGACGUCUCGUGUUCUCACUACUAAAGUUUGUUAGGCACAUAAAGUUCUACUGCUCUGCCUUCCUGCGGCAACGUUGUUUCGUCUAUACUAUGCAUUUUAACACCUAAUUUUUGGCUUCACAAAAUAGACAUAUAUUGCCCUUUAGCUCAGGGCCUAAUCCAGUAGUUAUGCCAUGAGCGUGCAUUACACGUAUAGGCAGCGGUGAGCUAAGCCCACAGUAAAGCAGUUGAGACUACAUCUGUUCAAAAGCAUGACCAGAACGGUAAGUGAUGUGAUGGUGCCGCAGCUCUCCAGUGCUUCUGACCUUUUAAAUCUUUAUGUUUAUCUUUAGAGUGACCCACAGUCAGUGGUUCCUGUUCUCUUAAUCCCUCUCAGUGUUCCCCAGUGAGUACAUUGUUGUUACUUCACCCUGAAGGUGAGCUUUAAUUUCCUCUGGCUGCAGAAGACUUGCAUCUAGGUGUUUCACUUCCAUAAGCAGGUGUUCUUAUUACUAUGUCAUUAUAAAAAGUACAUAUAUAUAUUGAAAGGUAUCAAGAAAAAAUAAUAGAGAACCGAUUGUCAUGAUCACACUGCGGGAAUGUGGGGACAUGAUGACUCCCUGUUUAUUUUGCUGUUGGUCCCAUAAAUGCUGAAAAGGGGAUAGCAUAGACUCUGAGAGCUGCAGAGAAGGGAAAGAGUAGUCAUCGACUGCCUUCUGUGAGUCUUAUUAGUGAGAAAUUAUUAGAUGCAAGAAGAUAUUUACUUCAAUGCUUUGAAUAUUGUUUUUUUCUGUAGUUCACUGUGUCAAAGUCACUGCAGAGGUCUGUGCAGUGGACACAACAGCAUGGAGAUCAUCUUACUUGUGCCAUGGAGAAAGUAAACUGGAGUUGCCAGAGCAGACUUUUGUCUGUGCCCUGGGCCAAACCUGUGAAGCAUCCACAACAACUGACCAAUGUGACGUAUUACUGGAACUUUCUCUAAUACUUUCAGAAUAGUUUUUUUUCCAUGCUGUUGACAAUAGUUAGAAGGUCAAAUAGUGGCUUCUUUGGCUGGGCAAGAUAUUAUAGUUUUCAAAAGACUUUUUUGGAGGAGAAGUUGAUUAGUUCCAUUAGCGAUAGGCAUAACUGUUCUUCAGUGCCUUUCACAGGACAGCAGUGACAGGGAUAGUGCUAAUGUCUUCCAGCAGCAACUUGCUUUGUAGUUUAAACUUUUAUAUUAGGGCAACUUGGCUCUGGACCAGCACUUUAAUGUUUCAUUUUCAUGUAUAACCAAGGUUUAUGGGAAUAAGAUGUGAAUAUUCUGGUCUUGUGAAUAAGUCCAGAGAGGCUUUGGCUAAUUUUCCUUUCUUAAUAGCGUCAUUUGAGUUCAUAAAACUUUUAUUAUUCUAAUAAGGAGUCACUGAAUGAAGACUGCAAGACUGUGAGGUAAAUUCCUAUGUUUGGGAUGAAUGUUGUUGAGAUGAAGUAAUACUUGUCCAAAGAGUGAGUGUGAAUGUAUAAGAUCUGCCUAUAAUUUUCAUUGAGCUAUUUUUAAGGGGCAGAAAUAUUGUUUAGUUAUAUGUUAAAUACCUGAAAAUGAGGAUUCUCUGCCACUCGAUUUUUGUAUGAUUUCUCAGACUGCCUUAAGUUCUCUUUAAAAAAAGAAUAAUGUUUGUCUUGUUCAUAUAACAUUAUCAGGAUAAUUAAUUAGUGUUAGGUACCUGAAAUGCCUAGAGAACUGAAUAAAUAGAAGAAUCAGUGUGGAAAACUGAAUGAAAGACAUUUGCUUUCCAAUUCUUGACUUGCUGAUAAACGCUUUUGUCAUGUUUCAUUUUUGAAGAUUAUUUUUCUCUGCAGUCCUCCUCUAAUGCAGUGUUGGUCUUCAUUGCUACAACAUCACGGCAGGCAGAAGGACUAAAGCCAAAGUCAACUUAGUCCUUCAAAUCAGAUGUCAAAGCAAUGAUAUAUUUGUUAAGAAGUUGUCACCUACCCUCUUGCUUAAAUACAUUUGUGAUUUUGCAAUGUGUGAUGUUAAAGAUGAAAUAAAAUUUAUCUCAGUGUUUAUUGAAA